GGCGUAUUACAUUCAGACUCAUGAUUCUCUGGGUUUUUCUCUAUGUAUGUGCCUUUGGUGUUCUUUUGUUUUUUGGGUUUUUUUCUUUCCCUUAGUGACUCUCUUGGUGGUAGACAUGGUUUCCUUGAAUGUGAGGGACAGGCAUCAUUAAAUUAAAUGUCCGUCAAUGUCAUGCUGCUUGGAUUAAUUGUGCGAACUUGGUUAGUUGAGAGGAACAGAGAUCACUGGUCACCCUGUCAGCAUCAUUAGCAGCCAGGGAGGAGGUCCCUAUUCACAUGCUCUGCCCCGAUUUUUUUUUUAAAUGGGGAUUGAGGGGCUCUCUAUUACUAUGAUUGCAAAUUAAACAGGAGUAUUAACAAUGCUUGGCUGAAUGCAGGAAGCUAGUUCCUGCACCCUGACUAUUAUAAUACUGUAUUAAGCUUUUUUGAGGGAGUCUGUGUGCAGUCAGCCAUUUUAGCUUUUUUUUUUUCCUCCUCUUUUUCCUCCCUUUCGCUCUCAGGGAAUGCUCUUGUUCUUAUAGAAGAAUGCUGGAUAUGUAUAUUGUUGCCAGGCUCUUUACAUCCUUUCACGCUUAAGACUUCAGUGUUAUAAAAAAAUGGAGACAAAUGCUGCUGUUUGGAUUGCUUUUCUGCACUACAAGUGUGAGAGAUUUUGUGAGCGAUACUUUGAGCUCUUGGCUUAUUUUUCUCCUGGUUUUUGUUUGUUUAAUUUAAUGCAGUAGAAGAUUAUUUGCUAUCCAUGAUGUGUAAAAUCAGUUCAGCAUAUGUUUGUUCAUUAUGAAACCUCUUGCAAUCCCAGCUAACCAUGGAGUUAUGGGCCAGCAGGAGAAACACUCACUUCCUGCAGAUUUCACAAAACUGCACCUCACUGACAGUCUCCACCCACAGGUGACCCACGUUUCAUCUAGUCAUUCAGGAUGUAGCAUCACUAGUGAUUCUGGAAGCAGCAGCCUAUCUGAUAUCUACCAGGCCACAGAAAGUGAAGCUGGUGACAUGGACCUGAGUGGGUUACCAGAGACAGCAGUCGAUUCUGAGGACGAUGAUGAUGAAGAAGAUAUUGAGAGGGCAUCUGACCCUCUGAUGAGCAGGGAUAUUGUUAGAGAUUGCCUAGAGAAAGACCCAAUAGACAGGACAGAUGAUGAUAUUGAACAACUCCUUGAAUUCAUGCAUCAGUUACCAGCAUUUGCUAAUAUGACAAUGUCAGUGAGGAGAGAACUCUGUGCUGUGAUGGUGUUUGCAGUCGUAGAAAGGGCAGGGACCAUAGUUCUAAAUGAUGGAGAAGAGCUGGACUCCUGGUCUGUUAUUUUGAAUGGUUCUGUGGAAGUAACAUAUCCUGAUGGAAGAACAGAAAUAUUAUGCAUGGGAAACAGUUUUGGUGUUUCACCUACCAUGGACAAAGAAUACAUGAAAGGAGUAAUGAGAACCAAAGUGGAUGACUGCCAGUUUGUGUGCAUAGCCCAGCAAGAUUAUUGCCGCAUCCUCAAUCAAGUGGAAAAAAACAUGCAGAAGGUAGAAGAAGAAGGAGAGAUUGUUAUGGUUAAAGAGCAUAGGGAAUUGGAUCGUACUGGAACGAGAAAGGGUCACAUUGUUAUCAAGGGAACGUCGGAAAGGUUAACAAUGCAUUUGGUGGAAGAACAUUCAGUAGUGGAUCCAACGUUUAUAGAGGAUUUCUUGUUGACCUACAGGACCUUCCUUUCCAGCCCAAUGGAAGUGGGAAAGAAGUUAUUGGAGUGGUUCAAUGAUCCUAGCCUCAGGGAUAAGGUUACACGGGUAGUAUUGUUGUGGGUGAACAAUCACUUCAAUGAUUUUGAGGGCGAUCUUGCAAUGACUCGUUUUCUGGAGGAAUUUGAGAACAAUUUGGAAAGAGAGAAAAUGGGUGGACAUCUGAGGCUGUUAAAUAUUGCAUGUGCUGCUAAAGCUAAACGAAGAAUGAUAACACUAACAAAACCAUCUCGGGAAGCCCCUUUGCCUUUCUUAUUGUUGGGAGGAUCUGAAAAGGGGUUUGGAAUCUUUGUUGACAGCGUAGAUUCAGGUAGCAAAGCCACUGAAGCAGGCUUGAAACGUGGUGAUCAGAUAUUGGAGGUGAAUGGCCAAAACUUUGAAAAUAUUCAGCUAUCAAAAGCCAUGGAAAUUCUUCGAAAUAAUACACAUUUAUCUAUCACUGUGAAAACCAACUUAUUUGUCUUUAAAGAACUUCUGACAAGGUUGUCUGAGGAGAAAAGAAACGGUGCACCUCAUCUGCCUAAAAUUGGUGACAUUAAAAAAGCAAGCCGUUACUCCAUCCCAGAUCUUGCAGUUGAUGUGGAACAGGUGAUAGGAUUGGAAAAAGUAACCAAGAAAAGCAAAGCCAACACUGUUGGUGGCCGAAACAAGCUCAAGAAGAUACUAGACAAAACCCGCAUCAGUAUCCUGCCUCAGAAACCCUACAAUGAUAUUGGAAUUGGCCAAUCUCAGGAUGACAGCAUUGUAGGGUUGAGGCAAACUAAGCACAUUCCUCCUGCUCUGCCAGUCAGUGGAACACUGUCUUCAAGCAAUCCUGACUUACUACAGUCACAUCAUCGCAUCUUAGAUUUCAACACAACCCCAGAUUUACCAGACCAGGUUUUGAGGGUUUUUAAAGCAGACCAGCAAAGCCGCUACAUUAUGAUCAGUAAGGACACAACUGCAAAAGAAGUGGUCAUUCAGGCAAUCCGAGAGUUUGCUCUAACUACCACUGCAGAUGCAUAUUCUUUAUGUGAAGUCUCAGUCACUCCAGAGGGUGUCAUCAAACAACGGAGGCUUCCAGAUCAACUCUCCAAGCUAGCUGACAGGAUACAGCUCAGUGGAAGGUAUUAUCUGAAGAACAAUAUGGAAACAGAAACAUUGUGUUCAGAUGAAGAUGCUCAGGAAUUGCUGAGAGAGAGCCAAAUUUCUCUACUGCAACUCAGUACUGUCGAAGUGGCUACCCAGCUCUCAAUGCGUAACUUUGAACUGUUCCGUAACAUUGAACCUACAGAGUACAUAGAUGACUUGUUUAAACUGAAAUCUAAAUCUAGCUGUACUAACUUGAAAAAGUUUGAAGAGGUAAUAAACCAAGAAACCUUUUGGGUAGCAUCUGAGAUUCUGCGAGAAACCAACCAGCUGAAAAGGAUGAAGAUAAUUAAGCACUUCAUUAAGAUAGCAUUGCACUGCAGGGAAUGCAAGAACUUCAACUCCAUGUUUGCAAUAAUAAGUGGCCUGAAUUUAGCUCCAGUUGCAAGACUACGUACCACUUGGGAAAAACUUCCGAGCAAGUAUGAAAAAUUGUUUCAGGAUCUUCAGGAUUUGUUUGAUCCAUCUAGGAACAUGGCAAAAUAUCGCAAUGUCUUGAAUAGCCAAAACCUACAGCCCCCAAUUAUACCAUUGUUCCCUGUAAUCAAAAAGGACCUUACAUUCCUUCAUGAAGGAAAUGACUCCAAAGUAGAAGGUUUGGUCAAUUUUGAGAAAUUACGCAUGAUUGCAAAAGAGAUUCGCCAUGUAGGCCGAAUGGCUUCUGUUAACAUGGAUCCUGCUUUAAUGUUCAGAACUAGGAAGAAGAAAUGGAGGAGUCUGGGGUCUCUCAGUCAGGGCAGUACAAAUGCAGCCGUACUUGAUGUUGCACAAACAGGCGGACAUAAAAAGCGGGUCCGUCGCAGCUCCUUCCUCAAUGCCAAAAAGCUAUAUGAAGAUGCCCAGAUGGCACGGAAAGUCAAGCAGUAUCUCUCUAAUUUGGACCUGGAGAUGGAUGAAGAGAGCCUCCAGGCACUCUCUCUGCAAUGUGAACCAGCCAGCAAUACAUUACCCAAGACUCCAGGUGAAAAACGGUCUGGAAAGUCUGAAACAUCCCCAGUCGCACAUAGGUCAGGGAUCCAGCAGAAGGUGCAGCAGCAGCAACAGCACAAAGCAAACCAAGCGUUGCAGGUUCCUGCUGUAUCGCUUUAUCCCUCUCGUAAGAAAGUGCCAGUCAAGGACCUCCCACCUUUUGGUAUAAAUUCCCCACAAGCUUUAAAGAAAAUUCUUUCACUCUCCGAAGAGGGAAGUUUAGACCGUCAUAAGAAGCCAGCCGAGGACACCAUUUCAAAUGCAUCUUCACAGCUAUCUUCCCCUCCCACCUCACCACAGAGCUCUCCAAGGAAAGGUUAUACUCUGGCUCUCAGUGGAACAGUGGAUAACUUUUCAGACUCUGGUCACAGUGAAAUUUCUUCCAGAUCUAGCAUUGUCAGCAAUUCUUCAUUUGAUUCCAUGCCAGUGUCACUACAUGAUGAAAGGAGACAGAGGCACUCCGUCAGCAUUGUGGAGACCAAUCUUGGAGUGGGCAGGAUGGACAGAAGAGCCAUGAUUGAACCAGAUCAGUACAGCCUGGGCUCCUAUGCACCAUUGUCAGAGAACAGAGGCUUGUAUGCUGGGGCAACCAUGAUUUCUUCUCCCAGUACGGAGGAGCUGUCACAGGAUCAGGGAGACCGAGCAUCACUCGAUGCAGCAGAUAGUGGCCGUGGCAGCUGGACUUCUUGCUCAAGUGGUUCCCAUGACAACAUACAGACAAUACAGCACCAGCGAAGUUGGGAGUCUCUUCCUUUUGGACAUGCUCAUUUCGAUAGUUCAGGCGAUGGGGCAGGGCUGUGGGCCUCUGGCAGCCACAUGGACCCGAUGAUGUUCUCCGAUCAUGGCACAAAGUAUGGCAGGCAGAGUCAAGGUAGGGAGGGCCUUGAACAAGCACAGUCCAGAGCAAGCUGGGCAUCCUCCACAGGCUACUGGGGAGAGGACUCUGAAGGUGAUACAGGUACCAUAAAACGGAGGGGUGGGAAGGAUGUGUCAAUUGAAGCUGAAACCAGUAGCAUAACGUCUCUAACAGCAGAGGAUUCAAAGCCAGUCCCCAUGCCAGCUCAUAUAGCUGUGUCAACAAGUAAUACAAAGGGUCUCAUUGCUCGAAAAGAAGGUCGCUAUCGUGAACCACCACCAACUCCGCCUGGUUAUGUAGGGAUACCUAUUGACUUUGCAGAAGGAGUUUCCCACCCAGCCCGAAAACCUCCGGAUUACAACGUGGCACUUCAGAGGUCUAGGAUGGUGGCACGGUCAAGCGAAGCCCCUGGGACUUCAGCUUCAGCGUCACAGCAGCAGUCACAGGGCCAUUCGUCUAGCAGGCCUGUUAACAAACCUCAGUGGCACAAACCAAACGAGUCAGACCCACAGCUUGCCCACUAUCAGUCUCAAGGGUUUUCCACAGAGGAGGAUGAAGAUGAACAAGUCUCUGCCGUCUAAGAACUGGGACUUUCUGGAUCCCGAGUGAGCCAGCUUAAAGGAGAGCACAAGAUGACGUCCCUAGUAUAGGAGCCUUGGAACUCUAAUUAAAGGAUGGUGGACCUGUUUGCCUCCUUCCCUGCCUUAAAGCAGCAUGGGGCUUCUUGUCCCCCCCUCCUCCCCCACUCUUCUUCCCCUUGCAUGUGAAAUACUGUGAAGAAAUCGCCCUGGCACUUUUCAAACUGUGUUGCUUGAAAUGCACAGUGCAGCGUGUUCUCCCAGCUCGUCCUGUCGCUGUCUGCCACAUCACACAGUAUCAUUCCAAAUUCCAAGAUCGACGCGCAUCGUAAUGAUUAACUCUGAGUGCACUUCCCUGAUGCCUGGAAGCAUUUUUAAAAAUCUUCCUCAGAUCUUAAUCACAAUCCUAACGAGAUCAACUAGUUGACAAGCUACAUUUGGCCUUUUAACCUAUUCGGAAAGAAAUGUGUUGAAAUCCUCCAAGUACACAGUGCUUGUUUGCUUGUUUACAAUGCCUUUGUUGCUAUUCUAAAUGUUGUGUUCAGAGGGGGGAAAUGUUACACUGCAUAAUUACAGUAUUAUUUUGUACUUUUAAAGAAGGAUUGCUAGUGUGGACUACUUUUUUUAAAAAAAAUAUCGUGUGGCUAAGUAAAGGUGGCGUGGUCUAUGGAGAGGAUUCAUUCAGCCUUUCAUUGACCUUUGAGCUUCAUUUUUAGUGUUCCACUCAAAGCACAGUUGAUAAAUUUUAGAAUUGCUGGUAUUGUUGAUUUGCAUCUAUAAUAAUGCAGGGCUGUUGAAUUCCUGCAAAUAGUCAGUGGAGAAAGAGAACAUUUUGUAUCCCUUUCCUGUGCCUUGAGGAAUACAGGAUGGUGAGUGAGAACAUUUGUCCCACCCAGAUGACAAAUGGCAACCUCAUCUUUUACUUUAAUCCCCCCACCCCCUGUUUUUCCCCCCCUUCCUCUCCCUUGUACUAUGAUCACAGUUGUCACACAGAAAUGAUCAGGAUUACACUACAGUUAAGGCAAUUCAGGACACUGCAGCUAAUGUCAGCCCUUAAUACUGAUCUAAUAAUCUCAUUUUUGUUGGCUUGGUGUUAGGAAAUCAUGAACUGUUUAAGGAGAAACAAUGAGUGUAGGUUAACAGCCUUGGCAGUGCAAAAAUAUUCACAACUGUGGAGGGUUUUAAUGGAACACUGCAUGUGUAGAGAAGGCCAAUGGCUAGCAAUCACCUGCUCACAGCUGCUAUUAACUCUUGAGUGACUGAAAUGAAAUGACACUCCCUCCCCUUUCUAUUUUUGUGUUGGUUUUGCACAGACUCCGGAAAAGUGAAGACUACCAAUCCGAGUAGUACUCAGAUGUGAGGAACUGCUGGUCUUGGACUUUUUUUUUCAUUGAACUCAGCUGAUCAUAUUGAUCAGUAGAUAAACGUAAAUAGCUUCAACUUCUAAAGAUCAAAUUGCAGUGUUUUUUCACUGUAUUGAACAAUGUCAGUGCUUUAUUUAAUUAUUCUCUUUCUCCUGUAAUCAUGGCUUUUUGUCUAUUUGCUUAUAUAUCACAUUGUCAAUUAUGCAUUUGUAAUUUUACAUGUAAUAUGCAUUUGCCAGUUUCAUUAUAUAGGCUAUGGACCUCAUGUGCAUAUAGCAAGACAGAACAAACCUAGCUGUAUCACAAGUUGCACAAAUGUUAUAUAGGCAUUAAGUAAUUGUAGACCAUAGGACUGCUAAUCUCAGUUCACUCUGUGAUGUCAAGUGCAGAAUGUACAACUAACUGGUGAUUUCCUCAUACUUUUGAUACUACUUGUACCUGUAUGUCUUUUAGAAAGACAUUGGUGGAGUCUGUAUCCCUUUUGUAUUUUUAAUACAAUAAUUGUACAUAUUGGUUAUAUAUUUUUGUUGAAAAUGGUAGAAAUGUACUAUGUUUAUGCUUCUAUCCAGUUUGUAUAAGCUGGAAUAUAAAUAAAUAUAAUGUUAAUGAUC